AUGCCUUCCUUCUGGAGUAGAAACUCCUGGUUUGCAGUGGUGUUUGGUGCCGUGCUGGUUGUUCUUAUUGAGGGUAAUGCCGGACCAAACCUGGACAGAAGGCAGGCUGGGUCGUCCUCGUGCUUUGGAGGCUUUGACCUCUACUUUGUUUUGGACAAAUCUGGGAGUGUGCAGAACCACUGGACCGAAAUCUACCACUUUGUUGAACAUCUAGCUCAUAAAUUCAUAAGUCCACAGUUGCGGAUGUCCUUCAUUGUGUUCUCCACUGAGGGAAGGAUCUUAAUGAGCUUGACAGAAGACAGAGAGCGCAUUCGUAAAGGUCUGGAGGAGCUCCAGAGGGUUCUUCCAGGGGGAGACACCUUCAUGCAUGAAGGCAUCCUGAGGGCCAGUGAGCAGAUAUACUAUGGAAACACUGAAGGUUAUCGCACUGCCAGUGUUAUCAUAGCUCUGACAGAUGGAGAGCUGCAUGAGGAUCUUUUCUACUAUGCAGAGAGAGAGGCCAACCGUUCCCGAAGUCUGGGUGCCUCAGUUUACUGUGUGGGGGUGAAGGACUUCAAUGAGACACAGCUGGCUAAGAUUGCUGAUAGUAAGGAUCAUGUCUUCCCUGUAAAUGAUGGAUUUGAGGCCUUGCAAGGGGUCAUCGACUCGAUCCUGAAGAAGUCAUGUAUCGAGAUCCUGGCAGCAGAGCCGUCGAGUAUCUGUGCAGGAGAGUCUUUCCAGGUGGUGGUGAGAGGAAAUGGAUUCCUCCAUGCCCGUAAUGUUGACAAAGUCCUGUGCAGCUUCCGAAUCAACGACACCCUCACUAGAAUGGUGAAGCCUUUGAUUGUGGAGGAUACCUAUCUUCUCUGCCCUGCACCAGUGCUUCAAGAUGAGGGGAUGGCAGCAAACCUUUAUGUCAGUAUGAAUGAAGGUCUCAGUUUCAUUUCCAGUUCGGUCACAAUUACCACUGUGGGCUGUUCUGAUGGGACCAUCCUGGCCAUAGCUCUGCUCAUCCUCAUGCUGCUCCUGGUCUUGGCUCUUCUAUGGUGGUUCUGGCCUCUCUGCUGCACUGUGAUCAUCCAUGAACCCCCACCGCCGGUUGUGGAGGAGAGUUCGGAUGAUGAGGACUUUGAAGCCCCUAAGAAGAAAUGGCCGACUGUAGAUGCCUCCUACUACGGAGGAAGAGGAGUUGGGGGAAUCAAAAGGAUGGAGGUACGCUGGGGUGAGAAAGGCUCCACAGAAGAAGGGGCAAAGCUGGAAAAGGCCAAAAAUGCCAAAGUGAAGAUGCCUGAGCAGGAGUAUGUUCUGCCCCCCAUGCGGGUUCUCAACAAUGGCAUGCACAAACCCCCAGGGCCACGCAAGUGGUACUCACCAAUCAAGAGCAAACUGGAUGCACUGUGGGUACUUUUAAGGAAAGGCUACGACCGUGUGUCUGUAAUGAGACCUCAUCCAGGUGACAAGGGCAAAUGCAUGAACUUCACUCGCAUAAAGUCUCCCCCUGCUCCUUACCCACACUACAGCCACCAGCCAUCUCCCAUCUACAACCCCCCUAGCCAGAGUCCACCUCCGCCGCAGGGCACCCUCCCACCGACUCCCAAUAGCCCUCCAUCAUCUCCGUCUUUCUCCUCCUCCGCUCUUCCACCACUGCCUCCAACACCUCCUCCCACCUCCGACACUCCCUCUCCUCCCAUCACUCCUCCACCUUACACGCCACCUCCAAACCGGGCUCUUCCUCCAACCACCCUGCACAUACCUGCCUCGCCAGCGCUCCCACCCACCCCUCCACCCUCUGCCUCCCCAACUGGCUCCCUGCCUCCUCCUCCACAGGGACCUCCUCCCGGACGAGCCCCUCCACCUGCACGCCCACCGCCUCGCCCUGGCCUGUAAAAACUCUGGCAGGAGGCAGGAGAGAGUCCCACAAGUUUGAAAGAGGGAGUCCCACCAGCGAUCAGCACAUGACCAUCCUUGAUUGUACCUGCGAGCGAGGACAUAUGAGCACCUCAUGCCACGCUCAGCAGGCUGUGGCCUUUCUGCCUUGUGAGGGGGAGCAGCCAGGACUCGUUUUCAGCUAUUUGUCUACAGUGACUUUUGUACACAUCUAGCCCAACAGUGCAAUUGCUCUGAUGCUUGAAUUACACAGACAUUCCCUAUAAAUGAGGUCUUGCAGGCCGGCUCAAAAACAUUUGCCUCCAUGGUCCUCUGAGCUGCUUCAGGCCCUGCUCUCCCCUCCACGAGGACACAAGAUUGGAUGAACCCUAACCAGCUUGUACGAAUGCCUCUGUACAAAGGCCCUCAACAAGGAGCACAGUCGUGUUCAAAAUGAUCAUGACACUAAAAAAUGUGCCUAUGUAACAUUCCUAUCUUUCCUGAUAAGAGAUAAAAGAUGUUUUAUAGGAAUAUGAAAAUCCCUGUUUUUGAAUUCUUGAAUGUUGAGCAAUUGCAUGCAAUAGUGUUCGAGUCAGUUUUGUUCUUUUGAUAACAUUUCUACCUUGUUUUAUACAACAUAAACACAUUUUUUAUUUGUAGUAUAUUUGUUGAAUAGAUCACAUUUCCUGAGUUUGGAUUUUUGAGGUUAGAAAAAAAAACAUUGCUGAUAAACACAUGUACAGUAAUCAUAUUGAAACAGCAAUGCAACAUAUCUGAACGUGUUGCAACUUUUGACUUCCAUGCCGUAUUAAACCAGCCUAAUGUCA